AGCGUGCUUCCGAUUAGUAUGCGUUGCGGCGCAUGACAACUAAUCUACGCUGCACGCACUGACACGUCUAGGCCUGCUAAUCGGCGUAUCUCACCAAGGAGCACCAGUUCCUACGCCAUGCGUUGUUAUACGGUUGUGGUUUUGUUGACCGUCUUGGUCCGUGCCAACUGCUUCUUUAGUUGGUUCGCGAGCAAGCCUGUGCCUUCAACCACUCCGGUUGCGGAUCCGAAGGACUUUACGAAGGAUGGGACAGUUGCCGUUGUUCCGUUUGAAAUGAAAACAGCCGACGAAGACUUUCUCCAAGAAGGCAAAAAAUACGGACUCCAAAUGUCUACAUUGGACGUGUGCCACCACAAGGUGCUACUAGGUUUGACGUCGUCCUGCUCGCAGCUCAACGAGGAAGACCUUGGAAAGCUCAGUGUGAGGCUGCUAAACUGUCAGUCAGCUGUUGAAGGGCGGCCUACAUUUGCUUGCACAGAUGAAAUGACUUUACGGCAAUGCACUCAAGGAAUGGACCAGCACACUUGGAACACCUACCACUUGAUCAGCAACAGAGCCAGAGCUGUCUGCUACAGCACACGGCAGCAGCAGUUUUAUGCCAAGACUGAAAUGACUGUUAACAAGUUGGUUUGGACCACUGACCAGCAGGUGAAGGCAAUGUCGCAGCUGGAGCAAGAGCAGCAGAAAGUGAGUGCAUUGACGAGUCAGACACUGGAGACCAUGUCCUCGGGCCAAAAAGCCCUGAUGCAGCAGCAGGAGAAGCUGAAGAGCUCUCAGCAGAGUGUGCAGAACUUUGUGGCCGCGAACCUGAAGGAGCUGAUGCUUGAGAAGGCUCUCAUUGCUGCUGGACAGAGGGAGCUUGCUCAGAUGACCAACACCAUUCGCAAGAAGCUUGAUGCUGCGAGCACCAUGAUGCUGUCCAACGAACAACAGCGGCAGGUGAAUCAUCGAGAACUGCUCAAAGACCUGAAGGCUGUCCAGGACUAUGCAAAGUUCUUGCAAGAAAGGCUAGAGCAAACAACUCGAGAGGUCCUUGGUCGCCAGGAAACUGCUGCUGUGCGUUUUGAGGAGACUCUGAACAACCUCGGCAAGAUAAAUGCCAGCAUUGGUUAUGUACAGGAAGUGAUUGACACAAUGCAAAAGGACAUCGACAGCAAGUUUGGUUGGCUGGUGCGGCUACUGCACAGCACAGGUGGCCAACUGAGUGCAAUCUACUGCUGUGUACUGCACUCUUGCUACCUCCUGGUAGCCAUGUUCCUCGCAGCUUUCCUCCACUUCCCAAUGCCAUCACGUCUGUUUCUGCUCUUCAUUGUGCCCACCAAUGCAGUUGCCAGCGUUCGGGAGAGUUGUGGCCUUGACUUUGGGCCUCUCACCAUUCUGUUGGCCAUCUUUCUCACAGGGGACAUUGCGUGCCAUGCCAUUCGAAGUUUCUGUCAGCGCCGCUCUUCCCUGCGUCCUGCUCUUGAUGCAAGGCCUUAUGAGGAUUUCUCGAGGACUGCAAACAGCUUUACCUUCUCUAGGCUGUAG